GACGAAUAAAAGAAACCGGUCUUCUAUGGAUGGCGCAUCUCUUCACACCGGAGGGUCUAUUCCUCAUCGUUUGCAUUGGAAAAGAAUGAGAAAGGAAAAGGGUGCAGAUCCAUCAUUGACCGAGUUCUAUUUUCGCACACAUCGGAAAAAGGAUCAAAGUUGGGUUGGAGUUCAUGCUGAAUCUGCAUAUGAUAAAUUUGAACAGAAAAAGUUGGAGAUUUCUUCUCAGAAUCCAACUAUUCCAGGAGAGGACGAAGCUGAUAGUCAACCAACUAAUGAAAUGCCACCUGAUUUGGAUAUAUGGGUAGAGUCGGUUGGAAAGAAGAAAGGGAAUAGGGUAUUUGGUCUUGGAACCGCAUCUAAGACUUUGGUUUCUGUAUCAAAGAAACCCUCAAGUCUUUCAAGUGACUCUCAAGAGGUUGAUGUUUUGAGAAGUCAAGUCCAUGCCUUAAAUGCAUCGUUGCAAAGACAAGAACAAGAGAAGAUGGUGAUGAGGCAACAAUUGCAUCGACAGGAAGAAAAGAUGGCCGAAGCGAAUAAUAAAAUUUCAUUUUUAAUGAAUCAUUUAGGAUUUGUUGGGUCUUCUUCUCAUCCACCACAACCCAUUAAUGAAAGUGAUCACACAAAUGAAGAUGUCGUCGAUGAAACAGAUGAAGAAGACCUUAGUAAUGAAUUUUGAUUUGUAUUUUUUUCAUUUUGACUUAGUUUUUGGAUUGUAUUAUCUUUUUAACCUGUCAAACAAAUGAUUA